GCCUCCCAAGGCCGCUUGUGACACUCCCGUGAUUGCCCUAUUAGCGAGCAAGCUAAAAGGAUGGAAACAUUAAAAAGUGCAACAGUAUAAAAGGGAAAGGGGAUAGAAUAUCGGACGUCUGGACAGAGAUUGCUUAGAUAUUGACAAAGCCUUUCAUUUUGAAGAACUACUACUUUUUACUAUGAAAAGCCAACUUUUUGUGUGCUUAAUUGCUGCACUGCUUUCUCUAGCAGCAUCUGCUUCGAAAACGUUGCGCGGGGUCGAAGGUGAGCAAAUACAACGUUAUUUCGGAGAGCUCAAGAAGUCUGGCUAUGAUAAAAAUGUGAUGCCAGAAGGAAGUGGUGGAUAUGGAUCCCCUGUUCAGGUUCGUUGUGAAAUGUAUCUGAUUGAUAUAUCUGAAGUAAACGACUUACACAUGGACUUUAGAGCUAUGAUGUACUUUCGUCAGAUAUGGAAUGAUUCACGACUGGCUUAUCCGAAUCAGCCGAUUCGUUCCAUUGUCUUGAACGACCGGAACCUCAUCUGGACCCCUGAUUUGUUCUUCUUUCAAGAAAAAGAGGGCAUUCACCAUAGCCUGAUCUCUCCGAAUACCUUCAUUAGGAUUACCCGAGAUGGAGAAGUCCGAUACAGCGUCAGGGUCAGUAUGACUUUCAAGUGUCCGAUGGAUUUUACAAAAUAUCCUCAUGAUAUUCAGAAAUGUGACAUGCAAAUCGAAAGCUAUGGAUCAACACGAGAUCGAUUGGAUCUUUCGUGGCUGAAUCCAGUCGCAUUUGACAAGAACAUCAGCACUGUGAACUUUGCUUUGAAGGAUGUCCAGGAAAGUGUCAAUCAUCUGGUAUUGAAUUCUGGUCAAUACGCAAGCCUCCAGGUAUCGCUAGUUUUCAAGCGCAAAACCGGAUUUUUCAUGAUUCGACUGUACGCCCCCUUCUUGAUCCUGGUCGCCAUCUCGUGGCUGUGCUUCUGGAUUCCUGCCAAAAUGCUGUCCCUGAGACUGCCGCUGCUCCUUGUUGUCCUGUAUCUGAUGUUCCACAUAGGAUCCGAUAUCAACGGCAGGUCCCCGCCGGUCUCCUACACCAAAGGAAGUGACGUCUGGAUCGCCGUCUGUGAAUCUCUGGUCUUCGUCAGUUUUCUGGAAACCAUCAUCGUUCACAUGCUGUACAGAAGGAAAGGAAAGAGCAUGCGCAAGAAUGAUCCUGAAACGCAGAAUAUUCUGGAAAUGGACGAAAAAAUGAAUCAGGUGAACGGCGACUCUUCUAUCAGCCUCGUGGCAAGUCGCCUGAAGUGUGACGGCAAGGUCUACAAGCGAGUCGACAGGAUCUGUGCAUUCCUCUUCCCAAGCUUGUUUGUGAUUUUCAACUUUGUUUACGGAUUGAUGUACUGCUGCGGACGUCAGUCGAAGUGAAGAAUGAAAGAUCAAGCACAGCAUUUUUGCUCAAAGCUGUAAACAUUUAGUCUUAGACACUGAAACAGAACUGAAAGCAUAAAUUUUUAUGUUUAGGUAAUAAUUACUUUGCAGACACUUAAUUAGAAGUAUAAUAUGAGUAACAUUUGCCAGAAGUUGUUUUUUGGGUAAUUAAAUUUGUAAAUACUUCUAUACAGUAGCAUUUGACAUUUUUAAACAUCCGCUUUUCAGUUUUAAAUAAUGAUUCUUCUAUUAAAGUAUAAAUAUCAUUCAAAUUUUGCAUGAGUAUUAGCUACAAAACCAUAAGUACAGAUAAUUGUUUUUUCAAGUGCAAAAAUACAGCAGUUUUCAGAGAGAAAAAAAAAAUAUUUGUCUACGGAUAAUUAUUGUUUUCAUUCAUUCUUUUUUUUUUUUUUUUUUUACUGUUUCUAACGUGAAAUAAGAAUUCUAAAGUCGAAGUUAUAUCAAAAUAAUUAAAUUAGACAUUUUAAACCAUUUCGAAACUUCAUCACUUUGGCCGCACAGCCAUAUUUUCAACUGGACUAUUCAAAUAUGAUAUGUAUAAAAAUCGUUUGAAAAAAAUUAGUUCAGGAAAUAUUUUUAUAUUAAAAUAGUGCAUUUAACUGUCCAAUUACUAUUGAUAUUUUAUAAAAUUACCAACUAUACAAAAAUAAACAACUAUUAUAUGCCCUCUGUUACAAAACGACACAGAACAGAAGCUUUGAUUAGAUAUCUAGUUUUGUUUUUAUACAUGCGAUAUUUCAAUGAAUAAAUCUGAUAGUAGAAUAACAUUUCAAUAACUUAGGAGCUAGAUACAACUUUUAAAUGAAUAAUUUGUUUCAAACACAGUAUUGAGUAAUGCUUUUUUAUUUCUGUUAUAAUAACUUUGUAAGAAUCUUAACAAAAAAUAUUAAAGAAGACUCUU